AUGGCCCAAGUCAAGAAAAAUCCAAACUUCCAACGUUACCUUGACCUGUCGAAGGCAGAUCUGAAGCUCCCUUCUCUCACUAAAGACAACAAAGGCUAUUGCACCAUCGAGGUUGGCGAGAGAUACUGUCGAGUUGAAGAUUGUGGAAAUGCUACUCUCUUUACCUCCACCAACAACCUCCGCAAGCACGUUCAGAAGCAGCAUCCUGAAGUGUCUCUGACUGGCGAGGAAUUUGGUGGUCGCCCUUGCCAAGCUGAUGAAUUCCAGUUUUUCAAUGAGAUCAUGGAGGCCUACGAUGAGCGUGAGGCGGCAAAGGAAGAGAUUUUGCCUAAGCUUCCUCUCAAGAAUGAUCGAUCGGUGUAUAUUACCAAAAUGCGUCAAGCCGUUCGAUCGAUGAAGCUUCCUGUGCCUUGUGAGGUUUGCAAAGACACUGAUCAACCUAAGCUCUGCUGCCAUAACGAAGUCAAGGGCACUUGUGAGCAUUUUGGUCUUUUCACUGACCCUCGCAAUCAGCAGGGUCAGGAGUACGUCCUAUCAGAGGAUGAGGCGUAG